AUGAUCUAAAACUUUGACUUUGUAAAAAAAAAUGAAAUUGAAAUAUACAGAGAAAAAUGCUGCGUUGCUAACUAGUCUAUUGAAAAAAUAUUAGAAAAACUCUAAUAUCUUAGAAAAGUAAUCUACUAAUGCAAUUUCAGCAAAGAAAAACCUUUACUAGAUAGCAAAUUCUAAGAAGAUAUCAAAUUUAUUCAAAAACUAAUAAAGAAAUGCUCAAACCUCGAAUAAUAAAAAGUUUUCUUAAAAACAAUUGAUACACUUAUAGAUUAUAAAUCUGAAUUUCAACUUGUUAGCCAAGUAAUUAACAGUAAUUUAAAAUAAAAUGUAGCAGGUAGGAUGAGAUCCUACUCUACCAACCAUAAGAUGCUUGAAAAUAUUUAAACAAAGUAAGACUUGAUUUAAAACUAUUUCUAUUCUCUUGAUGACUCUGAUUCUCCAUGCAAAGUAAGACUUGAUGUUUUCACUUUUUGA